AUGGCAUCCCCCCUCUCCCGCCAGGCCUCCAGUCGGCCCCACGGCUUCCACCCGGAAGGGGAGGGCCGGAGGACGAGCCACGCGCCGGGGCUCGACCGGGAGACUCGCUGGGACCCACGAGACGGGACGAACGGCGUGAUCAUGGAGGCGGCGGCCACGGCCGAGCCCGACAGGUCGUGCACAGUCAUCAUCCACCCCUUGCGCGGGCCCACGGGCCCGUCCUUGUCGCUCGAGAGGGUCCGCCUCAGCCAGCUCAGCCGGCUGCUGGCUGAAGAAACACUUUAUGGAGUUGGAAUAGUGCUAAAGUCAAAGAUUGAGCAGGUGAUGCUUGCAUUCCAUGCUAAAGUCAUAAAUCUCUGA